ACAUUCCCAAACAUGGCAAUGCAUCAAGCAGACAAAGUAUUUGGUACUCUUUGUGAACUGUUACCUGAAACAGAAGGAUUUGAGUGUCAUCGAUUCAAGGUUGGAUCCUACAAUGCUCUGGUUGAACGAGAUUUUAAAUUAUGUUAUGACGAUAAUGUAAUGGCAGCAGUUGUGCUAAAUACACCAUCGUUUCUCGAAACAACGUUCAAAAAUUGGCUCAUCUCACAAAAAGGCGUAGAUGAAACUGUGAACGACUUGAUUGCGAAAUUUGGAGCUAAUCCUCUACAAGCUUACUUCACAGAAAAAUUUCGUGCAGUCAAAAAGGCUUUGUUGCCGUUUGAAGCAGAGGUCAUUCAAGAUUUUGAUUUCUCUAAACAAUGGGUUCCAAAAGUAUUACUUACAACGUGUGGUAUGGUUUCUGGUGCUGCUUACUAUUAUCGGCCAUCACCUGGACAAGAUUUACUAAUUGUUGACCCAAUAAGUCAUGUCAAAAAGCGUCGUAUGGGUUUAUCAUUACAUCCGAAAUUUGGUGGUCACUUUGGUUUUCGGGCAGUUUUCAUAUUCAAAGAUAUCGAAUUAGCACACGAAUUCAAAGAAAGACAAGCACCAAUGAUAUUGGAUACAAUUGAAAAACAAGAAGAAGCACUUAAUUUAUUCAAUUAUCAUUGGUUAGACGGACGAUUCCGUGAUUGUGGUGAUCCUAUUGAGAGAUAUUCUGAGUUACAGAUGAAAUUCUUUAGCACAGCACCGAUUCGUAGAUGGUCAUUGAUUGAACAUUGGUUCAACGAAAAAAUAAUCAUGGAAAAAUAUGAGAAAAUACUGGAGCGGUUGCAUGAGGAGGUUGCAGAAAAAGAUGGAUUAGAAUUGCACAUUUUUAAGGUUGGAUCCUACAAUUCAUUGGCUUCAAGUUACUUCCAAUUGCCUUACGAUGAGAAUGCGAUGGCUGUUUUAGUGCUCAAUACACCGUCUUUUUUCGAAACCACCUUCAAAUCGUGGUUAAAAUCACAACAAAAAAGUGGCGAAACUUUGAAAGAUUUGAUCGAGAAGUUUGGUUCAAGCCCAAUACGAGCAUAUUUCAGUGAGAAAUUUGAUAAUCUCAAGAGGAGUUUUAUACCAGUUGAAGUUGUCGUACUACACGAUUCUGACGUUCAGUCAAACCGACGUCCCGUUGUCCUUAUGACAACUUGUGGGCAUGUUUCUGGUGCUGCAUUCUUUUAUAGACCUCCUGAAGACGCGCUACGAUGGUUUGAUCCGGAAACAAAGAAAGUGAAACGUCGUAUGGGAUUGAGUCUUCAUCCUAAAUUCGGUGGUCAUUUCGCGUAUCGAGCCGUGUUGAUAUUUCCUGAAAUUCAUCUGCCAGCUGACUUCCAGGAGAACCGACCGGUGAUGCGAUUAGACACGAUUGAGAAACAAAAUGAGGCGAUCACACUUUUCAACGAGCAUUGGAAAGAUGUUAAUAGUAAUAACAUCUUAACAAUGGAAGAGAAAGAAACAUGCGAAAGUGCUAUGAAUAAACUCCAUGAAGUGUUUCCUGAUCAAGAAGGCUUCGAGCUUCAUCAGUUCAAGAUUGGUUCAUAUAAUGAGGUAGCAGGCGCGUGUUUCCAACUUGCAUAUGAUGAAAACGCGAUGGGAGUUGUUGUUUUGAAUACGCCAUCGUUUUUUGAAACAACAUUCAAAAAAUGGAUUCAAGCAAAGCACAGACCCAACGAACGUGUUGAAGAACUGGCGAAACGUUUCCCAGCUGGUCCAAUUUCUGCAUAUUUCAAUGAAAAAUUCGACGUGGUCAAAGAGCUGUUCUCUGGAUCGAGCCUUGUCGCAGUACACGAUUUCGAACUGCUGCCCAAUCGACGACCGAAAAUCAUGAUGACCACUAGUGGACACGUUUCUGGUGCUGUUUUUUUCUAUCACCCACCUGAAGAAGCAUUCGGCAUUUCCAAUAAAGCACUGUUGACAAAUAAACGUCGAACGGGAGUUUGUUUACAUCCCAAAUACGGCGGUUAUUUUGCUUUUCGUGGGGUGUUCGUUUUUCCGAACGUUCAUUUGCCAGCCGAUUUCAAGGAGAAACGAGCGCCAAUGGUUUUGGACACGAUAGAAAAGCAAGAAGAAGCGAUUGCACUCUUCAAUCAUCAUUGGUGGGAUGGAAAGUUCAGAGAUUGUGGCAAUCCUGUUGAAAAAUACAGUGACCUACAAUUGAAAUAUUUCAGUACAAUGCCUGAAAAACGUUGGUCAAUAAUUGCGCAUUGGUUCCAGUAA